AUGCAUGGUAUUCUAGCAACAGCUGAUGACAUGUAUGAACUUGGUGGCUGGCUUAACACGUCAUUUCCAGGUAUCUAUGUUGUUUCGAUCGAAAUUGGCAAUGGAUAUGAAGAUUCAUUUUUAUUACCAAUGAAUAAACAAGUAGAACUAUUUUGUGCUACUAUUCUUGCUGAUGAACAUCUGCAUGAAGGCUUUAACAUGCUCGGAAUAUCACAAGGUAGUUUGAUUGUUAGAGCAGCCGUCGAACGAUGUUCGUUGCCUGUUUUCAAUUUGAUUACUAUGGUUGGUAUUCAUCAAGGUGUUUUUGGUGAUCCUCCCAUUAAGUUGCUCCCUCCUCAAUUUUGGGAAUUAGUUUCAAAAUAUGCCUAUGAAGAUUUUGUUCAAAAUAUGAUUAGCGUUGCAGGCUUCUGGCGUGAUCCUUUUCAACUGGAAAAAUACAUAAAUCGAAGUCAUUUUCUUCCUGACAUUAAUAAUGAACGUGAAGCUCGCAAUGAAACCUAUCGUACGAAUAUGCUCAAGCUCAAUGCAUUUGUUAUGGUCUAUUCAGAUAUAGAUGAAGUUUUGACACCACCACAAUCUGGUUGGUUUCUGGGCUAUGCAUCAAAAUCAUUGAUACCUGAAACUUUCAAUCAGUCACGCCAAUUCACAGACGAUCUCAUCGGAAUGCGGACAUUGCGUGAACAAGGCAAAUUGCACAUGUUUACUUGCCAUACACGUCAUGAGGAUUCUGAACAUGCUCCGAAUAAAGAAUUCUUUUUUCUAAAUAUUUUACCAUUUUUCAAUAAUACGCCUUCAUAG